GGAGCGCGCCUCUACCUUCCUUACCAGCCCAGCCUUCCCCAUCCCUGCAGAGUGCCGUGUGCUGCUCGCCUUUCAUCGCCCGGUCGCAGAGAGUCGCUGCCGCUGCGGGGUGGGCGUCGGGCUUUCGGGUCGUCAUGGCUGGCUACGAAUACGUGAGCCCGGAGCAGCUGGCCGGCUUUGACAAGUACAAGUACAGUGCUUUGGAUACCAACCCACUCUCUCUGUAUGUCAUGCAUCCAUUUUGGAACACUAUAGUGAAGGUAUUUCCUACUUGGCUGGCUCCCAAUCUUAUAACCUUUUCUGGAUUUCUGCUGGUUGUAUUCAACUUUCUACUUCUGACAUACUUCGAUCCUGACUUUUAUGCUUCUGCACCAGGUCACAAGCACGUGCCUGAUUGGGUGUGGAUUGUCGUGGGCAUCCUCAACUUUGCCGCCUACACUCUAGAUGGAGUAGAUGGAAAACAAGCACGCAGAACCAAUUCCAGCACCCCUUUAGGGGAGCUGUUUGACCAUGGCCUGGACAGCUGGUCAUGUCUUUACUUUGUCGUGACUGUGUACUCCAUCUUUGGACGAGGACCGACUGGCGUCAGUGUUUUUGUUCUUUAUCUCCUGCUAUGGGUAGUUUUGUUUUCUUUCAUCCUGUCUCACUGGGAAAAGUAUAACACAGGCAUUCUUUUCCUGCCCUGGGGCUAUGACAUUAGCCAAGUGACUAUUUCUUUUGUCUACAUAGUGACUGCAGUGGUGGGAGUUGAGGCCUGGUAUGAACCUUUCCUGUUUAAUUUCUUAUAUAGAGACCUAUUCACUGCAAUGAUUAUUGGCUGUGCGUUAUGUGUGACUCUUCCAAUGAGUUUAUUAAACUUUUUUAGAAGUUAUAAAAGCAACACCUUGAAACACAAUUCCAUUUAUGAAGCUAUGGUCCCCUUCUUCUCUCCGUGUUUGCUCUUCACUCUGUCUACAGUGUGGAUCCUCCGAUCUCCUUCAGAUAUUUUAGAACUACACCCUAGAAUAUUCUACUUCAUGGUUGGAACAGCUUUUGCCAAUAUCACAUGUCAGCUAAUUGUUUGCCAAAUGAGCAGCACGCGGUGCCCGACUUUGAACUGGUUGCUGCUUCCUCUCUUCUUGGUUGUGGCCGCGGUGACCGUGGGCGCAGCAGCCUCCCACCUCGAGAGUCUUCUCCUCUAUGCUCUCACAGCAGCCUUCACUCUGGCUCACAUCCAUUACGGAGUACAAGUGGUGAAGCAGCUGAGCAACCAUUUUCAGAUUUACCCGUUUUCAUUGAGGAAACCAAACUCAGAUUGACUAGGAAUGGAAGAGAAGAAUGUCGGCCUGUAAUCUUCAGGAAGUACUGUAAAUAGAUGCAUGUAAAUAUCUCAUCCAUCACCAUUGAACUAAACUGGUCUGCUUGACAACUGUGGGAUCAGUCGCAGUGUACGCGCGUGGACGGCGAGAGUGAACGUGAUCUGAGCUUGUGGAACUUUGGACUUUCUAACUCCCAACUUUAUUUUUUUAUGAAACCAUGAGACAUUUGGUUAAACAGUGUACAUUAAACCAGCUAAAUGUUCCUAGCUUCAUGAGUUCAUACUGUUUUGACUCAUAGAGUUAAAGAUGCUUUACUCCUGUGUUUAAAGUCCCCAGAUUGAUUCAGGAACGCUAAUGGCGUUCAGAUAGCCACAGCAUGUCUUAAGAUUUGGUACUUUUAUAAAAGGCCUUCAGCUGUGGAAAUGGUUGACAGCCCAAAUCUAAUGUAGAGAAGCGUCAAAAAAGUCUCUCUGACCAGAGAUACCAGUGACUGCCGAACCGUGUGCAGUUUGCCAAAUCCUGGUUGCUCUCCCGUGAACUGCCAGAGGUUGUCUGGUAUCCUGGCUCUUACUGUGUGGCUAAAUGCCCAUAAAUGGGUUAAUUUUCUGUUAGAGAGAAGUGUUCUGUUGCUACUUAGUGUUGAAUGGUUGUAAUUACAGCUCACUGUUGUGGCGCAGUUCAUGGGUUAGUCGUGGUGUUUCUCCUGUCAGGAGUGGGUGCCUGUGAGCUGUGAUUUUGCUCCUGUCAGGAGUGGGUGCCUAUGAGCUGUGAUUCUGGAGGCUGUCAGUCCCAUUCUUGGGGUACUCAUGAGGGUGGGGUGAAGUGCCUUGUGAGAGGAAGUUUAAGCUGGAGUUAGGAACCUCAGAGCUUCAUGAUGAUCACGGUUAACGUCCUGGCGCUGCCUGUCUGUCUUCGCUUGCUCGAUUUCUCUCUCCUCCUCGGGGUCAGGUGCCGUGGUUUUUAAUCUCACCAGGGAUGAGGCAGAGAGAUAGUCUCUCUCCCCUGACUCUCCCACCUCCCCAUUUAAAGAAAACCUUUGAUGUGUUUGCCUUGCUGAGCAUAUUUCCCGCCUUAGUUGACUCAGUAAGUUUUGAGGUUUACUGACAACACAAAACUCCCUUUCUUUCACCGUAUUGUGGCCAUCUCAUAAUGUCACCUUCUUAUGAAUGUGGACGCUUUCUUUCUUUGGACUUUGCCUUUAGUUUGGUGGUGGUGAAAUUUACUUGCUGAUUUUAUUUUCCACUGAAUAAGAUUUGUGCUUAAAUGAAGAGUGUGUCUUAAACCCCUUUUUUUAUUUUUGGGCAGGUUGCACUUGGAUAAGAUAGGCACCACUAUGUUGAUAUGUAAUUAAAUUCGUAACUGUUAUUUACCUAUGAAUAUGACCAUCCUUAAGUAUUGUAGCUCAUUCCUUUGUUGGAUUUGUGUCUGCUGCUUUGUAAAAAGUAACUAAGUGAUACUCCACCUGAAUGUUUUUAAAUUCUAAUCAUUGUCAUCCAGGCUGUUGAAAAUGAGUCUAGGAGCUAACCAUGGUCCUGUGCUCAGUUUUAAUUGUUUGUAAGGCUUUGUGUGUUUGGGGACUUUUUUUCUGAGACUAAAACUGAAAGAAAAAAAAUCAAUGAGAAAUUGUUGUAGAAAGUAGAUAGUAAUUCCUGUGUUCAUUAAUAAAUCGCCAUCAUGGAGGUCAGUAAACAAGCCAUUUACAUGAAGAUAACUGUCUGGUGUACUCGAGCUCUGUAGAAGUGAAUUCGGUAACCAGAAUUGGGAAAGAGCUUGGUUAUAAGGUUUUUGGCUAAUCAUUUUACUGUUUUCUUGACCUUGUACUCAAGAACAUUUAUUUGUAUAAAGGAAAAUACCGAAAAUAUUUAUAAGAUGAUGAAUUUGGACCACAAGCUUUCUUCACUUUGUACAGUAUACUGAAGCAUCAUGUCCUGUAAUUUGGGGUCUUUUUUUCCCAAAUGUAUUUGUCCUCUUUUUGUUCCAUCAAGUGAAUUUGAAAAAUGUUUUGUGCCUUUUGUUUUGUGUUUAACAUGUAAAGAAUUCUACUGUAGAUAGUUUUGCUGACGCUGCUGAGUGGAAGAGGAGGCUGCUAACGGAGAAGGGAACCUGAGCAGCCAGUGUUUCAGAACCCUGUGGACUCACGAGUCCCUCCCUCCUAGCCGGCUCGUGUCCUGUGUCUUGAUGGUGCAUCUUAAAGACCCAUUCAUUGUAGCGGUACAGCAGCGGGCGUGGGACCUGGUUCUCAGGAGCUCUGUGCGUCUCUGUCACACCUCUUCCUCUACACCUCCCCAGUGUAAAUAGGGUGACACAGAGCUGCCUCUUGGGGAGCGGCAUGGCGAUCAGGGGCUUGCAUUCAUCCUGUCUGUACUUGUGGAAUAGAGUGAGUGCCUUCGCCAGGUUAGGGGUUUGCAUUGUUAUUCUGCUGAACUCCUGUUACCUUUAGAAGGUUAUGUUAUGAAAAAUCCUUGUCAGGCUUGUCAGAAAAUAAUCUCCCUGUGUCUGAGAGGAUGUGGGUCAGGAAAACAUAACAAUACUUAGAUAGAUGCUGCCACCUCUGUUCUGUAAAUGAUACUGAUGAUCUCAUUUCAGCACAGUGUUUGAAAUUGCCACAAUCACCGUCUAGAAAAAUAGUAAUAGUUCAUAGGUUUUAGAGCACUAGAGAAACUUUGAAGUAAAAAUAUAACCAUUCUUCCUUGGCAUUUCAAUGUUAUGGUUGACAUACUUUUAAUUCCAAUUUUGAAAAGAUGUUGAACAUGGUUUAAAAUAUUACAGUACCACUGCUAAUCCUGCCAUUUGUUCUCUCCCAAGGCACUGGGAAGAGGGGUGUAUGUCUGGGUUAGCACAGGCUAAGUACUUGCCAAGAGUGUUGCUCAUGACUUGGAGUGGAUGUUAAGGGAAAAUGUUGUAGUCAGAAGGUGUGUGGAUGGCACCUUGCUUCCCCAAGCAGACUUCAGCUCCAUGACCUAUGAAGAAUAAAAAGAUAUUUUUUAAAUUUAUUAUUUUGGUUUUUUGUUUGUUUGUUUUCUAGACAAGGUUUUCUGCAUAAUAGCCCUGGCUAUUAUGGAACUUGCUCUGUAGACCAGGCUGGCCUCGAAUUCACAGAGACCCACCUGCCUCUGCCUCCUGAGUGCUGGGAUUAAAGGCGUGUGCCACCACCAUCCGGUGUACUUUCUCCUUUUAUAUUUUAGCUUGAAACCUGCGUGUAGCCACCUCAUAGGGCAAACAGUUCACUGAGCCCUGACUUGGCUGCUGAAGACUAGGAACAACCCCAGAGAGAAAGUAAAGCCUGUGGACCAUAACUCUUGAGUUUGGGUCUCCCAAUAAGCCAGAAACAGAGAGAGAAAUUGUAUUGGUUGUGAUGAUGCCUAUGUUCACAGUGGCCUUCUGUUGACUCACUCCUGGGCUUGACUGUCAGAAGUCUGUGGUGUCAGACCAGAAUUUUCUGUCAUUUUAAGGCAGCAUGUCCUAUCUUGAACAUCCUGUGGGUGAGUAAUCUUACUAUAGUUAGCUGUCCCUACUCCAGCCUAGGGAAGGAGUGUUACCUAAUGUGCUGCAUUGAAGCACUUGGACGUGCAUUUAAAUGACAUUCCUAAUGGUAAAAUGGUAUUAAAUUAAUCACUGUGAAACUUGAAUGUGUGAGGCUGUGGGAAUUUUUCAAAGCUAUCAUAAAUUUCUGCUUUUCUGUGAUUGAUUGUGUAACACAUGCGAUUUGUAUAUUUGGGGUUGUUUUUUGUUGUGUUUUGUUUUUUAAUCUGUGGCAGUCGUAUAAAUGACUGACAGCAUGACAGACAGUGACUUCGGGGUACAUGGCGAAUCAUGGUGGUCUAACUUUUCUAGAGAAAGUGCUGAUGUGUUUAUUUCUUUCUCAAAUAGAGCCAUGGGAGCUGGGUUUUCUGUCUUGUUUAUUUCCAGUGUUGUUACAGCACAAACUAAAUGUCCCUUAUCUCCAACCUGCAUGCUAGUAGUGAGCUUUGCUCUUAAGAGACAACACACCAGCUGGCUCUCGUCCCUGGCUUUUAAGCAGGGAUAUGUUCUUUUUAUAGACAUUUGACAAGCUCACAUUAUGGUGGCAGGAGUUUUGCCAUUGGGGAGCUCUCCCAGGGGCAGACUGAACAAGGUUUUGUUCAUUCAGUGAGGAAGGCUGGGUUCCCAGGAUUGAAAAUGCCACUCAGACUGAUUUUAUUUGAUAAGGGCUUGUCUCUAGGAAAACACCUUUGUGGGGAGCAGAAAGGUUCUGGGCUUCCCUUUCAGAGACUCCUUCUUAGAAAGCUGGCCUAAGUCAGUUGGGCAGUUUUUAUGGCAGUUGGAUCAUGGCCAUUGAGAGUCUAAAAAUAGAAAGAGAUGCCAGUGUCCACUUCAGCAGCUCUGAAACUGAAAUCAAAGAUGGCAUUGGCUACCUAGGGUGUGACUGAAUACCAGGGGUGUUUUCUAUCACGUUGGCUAUAAGAUCUUUUAAGCAGUUUCUUUGGGUACCAAUCAAAACAAGCAUUGAAUUUGGGUUUUUCAUAAAUAAUCCUUGAUGAAUUUUCAAUUGCAAUUUUCUUGGUAAGCACUUUUUUAAUAUCUAGAGAAGAAAACUCAUGACCUGGAGUUUGUUCAUUUUGUACUUGAGGUAACUAAGCAGGUUACAGAAGUGGCCUGUAUUAACCUGGCCAUAUCAAUGAUCUGUUAGAAUUACUGUUAUUCAUCAACAGGCUAAUGAUUAGUUCAUUUCAAAAUGUCCCAAGAAAGCAGAAUUCAGUAUUGAACUCCCAAUUCUAGUUUGAAAAGAAUUGUUUCCCCUUUCUGGGCAAAGUGGAAGCCAGUAAUGACCAGUGUAUAAGGGAGGACAUCUCAUUUCCCACCCAGCAGCGGAUUAAAUGGAUGGCAGGUGAAGGAAAGUAAGUUUCACAUUCUACGCUAAGAAUGUAUGGCAGGAGCUGUGGCUGGGGAGUUUAAUUUGGUGCUGUUCCCAGUAGGUUUUCUGUAGUCUUCCGAAGCAAGAGUAAAUUCCAUCCCUUGCCUGGCACCCAGAAACCAGCAUUGGAGUGGGUGGGGCGUGUCUGCUGUGAAGAAUGAAGAGAUAAAGAUGAAAGAGGAACGAUUUUAUGUCCUUUUUAAGUAUUUUUUAUUGUAGCUGGUCUGCAUAGGCCUUGCUGUGUUAAUAGUAAAUAAUGUAGCAUUUGUUUACUGGUUUUAUGUGUUCUGUGUAUGUACACGUUUAAUAUGUACACCUAUUCUGUGUGUAUAUAUUCACUAUGUACACCUACCUAUUCUGUCUGUAUAUAUACACGUUUAAUAUGUACACCUAUUCUGUGUGUAUAUACGAUACGGUAUCUACAUGGAGUUUAUUCUUGCUUAUCAGCCAGGUGGUAACUAACCCUCAUUAGACUGUUGCUUUGUGUGGACUUGGUGUGUCUAUGGUCCACAUCUAAAUCCAAUUCCCCACCUGGAGCCAUAAACCCCCAACAUCACCCCAACACCCUGGUCAUCUCAGGCCUUGAGAAAACCCCCUAAGUAUAUCUCUUUCCAUGUCUUUUCACCAGGGAACUUGUGAGCCAGAAAGACUGGGUCCAAGAAUGCCGCUGCUAUCCUCAGGGUUUAGGUUUCUGGGUCUGCUGGGCCCUUUUUGACUAGGAGGCAGCUUUGGGAGCAGUGCGCCUGUGGACUCCAUCGGGGAGAUACUUGCUUUUGCCAAAGCAGAGCUUUGCAGCUUGCUUAACGUUACUAGAAUGUUCCAAGUCUUGUGGUUUGAUGUAUAGUAGAGUACUCCAAGGCAUUUGAAUGUGACUUUUGCAUUAUUUGUGUUACUGUUCCCUGCUGCUGGUCCAGAUAAUCAAGACCUGUUUCAUGUCACCGGAUUCUAGAAGCCUUGACCUUUUAACUGGAUUUAUGUUCAUGUCUGCUGCUGUGAACUCCAAAAGUAAAGCAGUAGGUUUUAGUUUUCAAUUGUUUAAUUCUUCUAUUGCUAUUUAUUGUAAUAAAAAUAAAUAAUUUUUAAAUCCUUUUAA